AUGUCCAGGUUAAAAACAAGUUUCGGGAACAGGUCUGAUGUGAGCGUUCAUCAAGUAGUAAACAGCGGUGACAUUAUGUCCGAGAUUCUUCUCCUGUUGCCACCUGAAACGGUCUACACGCUAAUUAUGGUAUCAAAGAGAUGGCUUCAGAUCAUCUCCGACCCUUUAUUCCGUCGGACUUACCUAACCAAAUGGAGAACGAAGUCAGAACUCUUAGGCUACUUCAUCUGCAAGACGAAGAACUCUGGAAGUUUCAAAUACGAACUUCGUCACACUCCUCCUCAGCUUCUUCGUCACCCCUCCUCCACAAGAACCAGCUUAUUAGGUGAUGAGAUCGAGUCGUUGAAACAGCUCGGACACUACGUCGAUUCUUCUUCGAAUGGUUUUGUUCUUUGUAGCAACCGUCCAAACGGUUACUACCUGUGGAAUCCGAGUACACGUAGGCGUGAUCGGAUUCCACAUCCUAUCGUUCACUUUGAAAUCUCUUGUACGUCGUUGAUGAUCGUCGAGGAUCGUCCGCUUAGCUACAAGGUGAUCCGCGCAGAUUGGGUGAGCAAACCAAGCGCGAAGUUGAGAGUGGAGACUUUUUCGUCUAACACCAAUACUUGGAGCUGCUCAGAGCUGACUUGUUCCGAGCCUAUGGUUCUCAUUCUAGGCAGUCAAGGAGGAGGAAGAGGAGGGAAAGUGAUCGGUGGAGUCGUCUAUUGGUACGCCACGGGAGGUAGAGUUGCUAUUUACGACUCAAACAACAAGGAGAAACGAAUCGAUCUGGUGAAGCUACCGAAAAUCUACGAUAGCGAUGAACGUGUUCUGGCUCGUUCGGGUGAUGGAUGUGUACAGUAUGGACGGUGCACUAAGUCAGUGAUGGAGAUAUGGAAGCUGGAAGAGGUAAGCGGUGUUUUUAAGUGGAAGCAUCAACAUAAGCUGAAUUUCAAGGUGAUGUGGAGGUGGUACGAUGUGAAACAAGAUGCGAGAUUUGAGAGAAAGCUGCUAGCAUUCCCAAUCAGAAACGAGACUCAUGCUGCAACAACAAUAACACAGAUAGGGUCGAAGAAGAAGAGUAUUAGCAAGGAGGAGGAGCAAGGUGUGCCUUAUGGGGUUUCUGAAAUGUAUUGCCAUAGUUUUGACGAUCUUGGCUUUCCUUUCUUUCUACGUUAUACAAAUAGAGGUGAUGUCUCUGAGAUCAUAGGGAGAAAACUCCUACGUCACUACAUGUCUUCCUCUGUAUGAAUCAGUUCGUGUGUUAUCAUUUUCUAUUUUAUCUA